AUGAGCUUGAACUGCCUAACCUGCCCCACCAUGCAAAGAACAGACUCGGACGGCAAUACUAGAUAUGAGCCCUACAAGCCUCCAAUGAUACUUUGUUGCCCCAAGAUUAGUCGGAACUGGUCCGGGAACUUAGCCCCGCCACCUUACGAGGAAAUGAGAAGUGGGCCUUUUGCAAAGAAAGCGAAGAAGAGCCACCGACACCUCCGCAGCACCAACGAUGCAAUGCUCGAGGGGGCAUUCAUGGAGGAGGAGAACACCGAGCCGAGGCUGGUGCGGAGCUGCGGGAUGAGAAGGGAUUGGAGCUUUGAGGAUCUGAGGCAGAGAAAAGGUGACAGCCGAUGUUGGGCAAGGAAAUAUUGA